CCUUUCAUACAAGCUCAAGGAAAAAUUACAUUGGUUUCAAAGACCUAAGUAAAAUUCAGAAACAGCAACAUGAAUCUAAAAUAGUUGAACUCACAACUCACUUUCUGGUUUACAGAAUCUAAUUGCCCUAUUGAACAGGGAUUCCUCCUCUCUUUCUCCAUCCUAGAAAAUUAAAGUCUGCACAAUUUCUUUUUAUUUGGGUGUUGGUAAAAUAUUUGCUAUUGUUGUGUUUCUUUAAGUCAUUUCUGACCUAGGUGGCCUAGGGUGAGUUCACCACAGAGUUUUCUUAGUAAGAUUUGUUCAGAGGGGUUUUCCAUUGCCCUCCCCUGAAGGCAUUUCCAUUGCCCUCCCCUGAGUGUGACUGGCCAAUGGGUUUCCAUGACCAAGCAGAGAUUUCAGCCUUGGUCUCCAGAGUUGUAGUCUAACACUCAAUGUCACACAUUAUAGGACAAUAAGAUUCAUUUUCCUUGCCAGUCUUGUCAGAAAUACACCAAUUUUAUUUUUAAAUCAAUGCAGGGUAGUCCAUGGGCUUCAGAUGUUGCCUUUAAUGUAGAAAUACUCAUACAAACAGAAAUGUGACUACCAGAAAAGCAUGUUCCUAUUGUUGGAGUCAUGCUGGCUGGGGGAUUUUUGGAGCCACAGCCCAAAAAUGUCACUUUCCCACACUGCAACAACUUGUGGGCAAACAGGCUGCAGUUUUUGUUCUGCCAUGGAGUGACCUUGAAUGUAAGUAUUGGCUGUCUUUGUUCAUUAGUCCCAACUUUUUAUUUUUUACUAGCUUAUGCUACUUGGAAAACGAUUGCCUUAUAAAAGCUGUUCUUUGAAAUUAUCAAACUGAGGAAAACACUUGCUGCUGAAGUCAAAGAAGACUAAAAAUAGAUGGGCUGUAAUUUGCAGUUUGCUCUGCACAUUUUUUUUUUUUUUUGAUCUGGGAAACGGCGACAAAUUUCAAGAGGGGCUACAUUUUGUGAUAUUUAUAAGAAAACCCUUGAAAAAGCCUUUACUGAAGCACAGAAAUUGUUGCUCCUUGAUGCUGUACUUAUGAGCUCCUGAAUGUGGUGAUAGAACUGAUAACCAGUCUGUCUAAUCCAGAGUGAUAUUGUGGUUUCUUCAAUUGCUGAUAGUUAACACAACACUUUGGAUUCUGCAGUUCUACCUUUUGGGUAGCUAUCACAGGCACACACUCUCCAGCACCACACAUACACACUCAUAUCCUCACUACAGUGUACACAAUGGCCAUUAUGCAAUCUAUUCUUGGCCCGGUUAGUCACUUGGCAGCCAGCUGCAACGGGAAAGCACGCGUGAUUCUGUUUUGCUCAGAAAACCUUGCGUCCACCUUUCAGGGACUUCUCUCCUCCCCUUCCUCCCUCCCCCUGUGCUCCACAUCGCCCAAAGACUGAUGCAAGUGCUAAACAUUUGCAGUUUGAGCAGAUGCUUAUUAAGACACUCGCUUCUAUGUACAUGUUUACAUAGUAAACCUAUCCCUCUGGCAAACAUUAUUCCAUGGGGACUGGUUUUCUGCUGGUUUUUUUUUAGGCCCGCACAAGCAGCCCCCACAGAAGAACAGUGUGACUAAGAGAGAGAUAGGACUAAGCAGCAAAAUGGAUGCAUCUUCCCUCCAGCACUCCACAGAAAGGACUUCAACACAAUGAAGUCUGGGGAAAGGACAGUCUUUCGACCUGAAAUCCUGGACAUGUCAGUAAGGACAAGUGCUGCAUAUAUCCAUUUUCUAGUGCUGCAUAUAUCCAUCUCAAUGUUCAAGGAUGGGUUCUUCCUUUCUGAGCUCUAAGGAAACACACUGGUGCAUUGAGAAGCUUAGGAUACUUCAACAAAGCCAAGUUUGUACAGAAGACACACCAAUUCACUGAACUAUGGUUCAAAGAAAGCAUCUGGAGUGCAAAAGAUGAACCUGCUUGAGGCAGUAAAAUCAGGGUUUUUGGUAUGCAUCAUGGGAUGUAUCCUCAUAUUUGGGUUUCUUUAUGUAAGGGAUGCCAUAUCCAAAGAAGAGCAAGAUGAAUUCUCUGAAUUACCAGAAUGUGGCUCUUACCCAGAUGAGCUUUGCUCAGCCCUCUUUGAUGGGAAAGGUGCUGCUUCUCAAGUUGGCCGUUUAUGCGAGCAACACCAUCACAGACAAAAAAUGCUUACUUGCAUACAAACCCCUUGCAAUUGCUCAACACUCCAGAAGAAACUCCACUUCAUUACAAGUCCACUAUCAGAAGAAGAAAAAAAUUUCUCCCUGGCAUACAUCAUCACCAUUCACAAGGAGUUGGAUAUGUUUAUAAAGUUAAUUAGAGCCAUUUAUCUGCCUCAGAAUAUUUACUGUAUACACAUUGAUGAGAAGUCACCAAAGGAUUACAAAUUGGCUGUGGAAACUCUGGUUAACUGCUUUGAAAACAUUUUUAUUGUUUCAAAGACAGAAACUGUGGUUUAUGCAGGAUUUUCCAGACUGCAAGCAGAUAUCAACUGUAUGAAGGACUUGAUUCAUUCAAAAUAUCAGUGGAACUAUGUCAUUAAUUUAUGUGGACAGGAUUAUCCCAUCAAAACCAACAAAGAAAUUAUACAAUACAUUAAAAGCAAAUGGAAUGGUAAAAAUAUGACCCCAGGAAUUGUUCAACCACCCCACAUGAAACACCGAACACAUGUGAGUUAUAAAGAAUAUGCACAUUCAGGAAAAUCUUAUGUUUACCCAACGAAGCAAAUUAAAAGCGACCCACCACACAAUUUGACUAUAUAUUUUGGGGGUGCCUACUAUGUACUCACAAGAAAAUUUGUAGAGUUUACACUGACUGAUAUACGUGCAAAAGAUUUGCUAGAAUGGUCAAGGGACACCUACAGCCCAGAUGAGCAUUACUGGGUCACCCUGAACCGCUUACCAGAUGCUCCAGGUGCUACACCAGAUUUAACAUGGGAAGGAAACAUACGAGCUAUCAAGUGGCGAGACCAAGAAGGGAAAAUGCAUGAUGGCUGCAAAGGUCUUUAUGUCAGAGACAUUUGUGUGUAUGGUCUUGGAGACUUAAAAUGGAUUGCUGAAUCUCCUCAUCUGUUUGCCAACAAAUUUGAAACAGCAGCCUCUCCACUUGUUAUGGAAUGCCUAGAGAGGCAUUUCAGGCAGAAAGUACUCCAGCAGGCAGAAGUCCCAUUAGAAGAACAGUGGCGUCUGGAAGGACAUGAAAGCGAACAUUCAUGACCAAUAUUUGGAAGAUAAAGCAAAAUAAAAGGAAGUUUUGGGCUGUGUUUUUUAAUGCUGUAAAUUCCAAAGAACAUAAAGUUGUGGAAUCUGGACAAUACAGUAUCAUACUGUCUGUCUAACAACAAUGAAAAAAUGAAUCUCUUAAUAAAAUAAGGAAUUUGUGUGGACUGAAUCGAUAACAUUCCCAAUACUGACUUCUCUAAAGCUAACCCCCUCUCAAAGAUUCCAAAAGGAAUAUGUGGCUGACCAGCCUGUUAACUAAUUAAUAAGUAUUGCUCCUUUGAUUAUUGUAGGUUUAACAGUAUAUUUAAAAACAGAAGUACUUUUAGCAUUCACAUGUGUACAUAUUCUUAAAGAAGUGCUUUUAAAAAUCACAGGGAGAAGAAAUCACAUAUGAGAAGGAAUGCAUCUUCUCAUAUAAAUCUUGCUCUAACAAACAGAUGCACCAUUUAAAACCACAUGGUAGACGUUGCCAGCAUUUAAAAUAGACUGGGAUAUGGAAAUUGCUAUCCCCCAGUUGUAGUUGGGCUGCAACUCGAAUCAGUUCUCGGCAGCAUAACUAAUGGCAAAGAACGUUCAAAGCUGCAGUCCAGCAACUUCAGGUGAGAAGCCACACUUUUCUCACCCUGGGAAAGACAGACCCCUUUGGGGUCUCAAGUCCGUUCCCCAUCUGCCUUGGACCUCCUUUCAGCAUGCGGAAGCAGCGCCCCGCAUCACCAGACUGAGAGAAGGGCCAAGGCAGAAACAUGUGGUUGGCAAGAGCUCUCCUGAGCUCUUGCCAGCCAUGCAUCUUCUUCUCCUUCUCCCCUCUUGGGAACACAGUGGGCCACCAUCUCCCCAGGCAGAGAAGUGUGCGGAGGGAUAGAGAGACAGCUGCUGGAGAGAACUCUGACAUUGGCCUGUCUCCUCUCUUCCUCUUCCUCUUCUCUGCCUGGAAAAGCAUUGGGCCGCACUGGAGAAGAGUGCGGAGGGAAAGACAGGUCAUUGCCAGAGAGAUCUGCAGCAACAACCUGUCCCUCUUCCCACCUUUCUUCUCCUCAGAAAGCAGUGUGUUUUUGUCUCUUCUCUGUGCUCCAGGAAGGCGGGCUGAUGCCCUCCUGGGCCCCAGAGAACCGCUGGGGAGAAAAACAUGGCACUGCCAAGCGUGCUUGACAGUGGCAUGUUUCUCUCCCUUCUUUGAGCCCCAGGAAGGCAGACCACUGCCCUCCUGGGGAGAGAAACAUCCCCUUGCCAAGAGGCAGCAGCCUGUUUGUCUCCCUGGAGACAGACCCGCCCUUUACCUUUCCUGGCCCAUGACUCAAUCCCUUUUGCCCUUACCCACACUCCCUCCUCGCCCAACUCUUGCAGCCGGGCCCAAAAUGUUUGCCCAUGCCUGACCUAGAGAGAUCAUUUCCCUAGGCAUGUGAAAGUCCUCCACCAUGACUCUAUGGUCAACUUCUGAUGGUGGCUGAGCACGUGGGGCUGCCCAUGAAGACGGUCCGGAAACACCAACUUGUUCAAAGGUAGGCAGCCAGGUUUCUAACUGCAGCUGGUUAUAGGGAGCAUACAACGCCCCUAUUAAAGCAGCUCCACUGGCUGCCGAUAAACUGCUGUGCCCAAUUCAAGGUUCCGGUAUUGACCUAUAAAGCCCUAUACGGGCCCUGCCUAUUUCUGUGAUCGCAUCUCCCCCUAUGAACCGGCGCGGGCCCUUAGAUCAUCCGGGGAGGCCCUCUUCUUGCUCCCAUCUUCGUCCGAAGCGCGGCUGGUGGGGACGAGGGAGCAGACCUCCUCAGUAGUGGCCCCCCAGCUCUGGAAUCUCCUGCCAAAGGAGAUUAGGCAAGUCCCUACUCCGUCCUCCUUUCGCAAGGAGUUGAAAACCUGGUGGUUUCAGCGGGUCUUUGAAUAAUUUUCUCUGGUGUACCGCUGACCCCUGGCCCGUAAACAUGGUGUACAAGGAUCAUCUAUCCCUAUUAACAGUCCAUGUCAACCCAUCUGAUUAUGUAUUCUUGUUCAUUCUGGUUGUUGUGAUUGUUUCUUAUGGUCUUCACUGUUUUACUAGUUGUAUAGAUCUUUAAUUUUUUUAGAUAAUGUGUUUAUUGUGUUGCUUAUAAUGUAUGUUGCUGUUUUUAUGCUUGUAAACCGCCCUGAGUCCCUUCGGGGAGAGAGGGCGGUAUAUAAAUAAAGUUUUACUUGCUUACUUA